AUCGAAUACAAUUUUUUUUUUUUUUUUUUUUCAAUCCAUUGAUUAUAGUAACUUUUGGGUUGCUCUCUUAAUUGUUCCAAAAUUUAUGUUAGCAAAUAGUCAUCGUUUCAUGUAGAUAUUUUCCGACAUACAAAAGUAUAUUUGGGUCAAGAUUAUACACUUUUUUCUGUAUUCAUUAAUCUCAUGAUGACGAUGAUGAUGUGGCAACAAGUUAGUCUUUUACCCUAGCUACUCAGUCAUGGUUAAUUUAGAUAAUCAAUUAAUAUAUACAGCUGCUCAGGUUACUUUCUAUUAUUGCUGGAGGGUUUUCACCGGUGGCUCAAUAAUCUUCAAAGCUGGAAUUAAUGUGAUGGAUGAAUCAAGAUCAUCCUCCGGUGGCGGGUCGAAGAAUAAUAGCAGCCCAAGAGGGACUUGCCCUCGAGGCCACUGGCGACCGGCCGAGGACGACAAACUCCGGCGACUUGUCCACCAAUAUGGCCCUCAAAAUUGGAACUCCAUUGCAGAAAAGCUUCAAGGAAGAUCAGGGAAGAGCUGCAGAUUGAGAUGGUUUAACCAACUUGACCCAAGAAUCAACAGAAGGCCAUUCUCAGAAGAAGAAGAAGAAAGGCUGCUGGCAGCCCACAGAAUCCAUGGCAACAAAUGGGCACUGAUUUCCAGGCUGUUCCCUGGCAGGACAGACAAUGCUGUCAAGAAUCAUUGGCAUGUCAUAAUGGCCAGGAGACAACGAGAAAAAUCGAAACUUUCUUCAGCCAAGACACGAACCCAUAAUCUGCAACAUAGUAUUAGUGACACCAAAUCCCAAUCCCCAAACGGAUAUGCAUUUCAAUGGAAUGAGACAACACUCAAUGGCUCCAAAAUCAGCUUCGACAAUUCCCGAGUUUUCGAUUUCCACAGCCACCAUGAAAACAAGACCUUCGCCUUGUCCUUACCAGGCUGCCCCAAUUACAUCUUGUCAUCAAACUACUCCCCCGACCAGUUUUUCCCCAGGAACAAUCGACCACACAGCUCAACAUCCUUAAUCAGCUCAAAACAUCAAAGAAAAUUUUGGGUAUUCAACAAUUCCUGUGACGAUUCGUUUGAAACCCUAAAAUACGAGAAUCCCUUGGAUUGCUCAAUCAACGGAUCGGAUUUGAUGGCUGAUGUUGGGGACAAGACAUUGAUUGUUGGGAAAACGAUGACGACGAAGAUAAAGACAAGUGCAGAGCAGCACGAGGAGAAAUCACACGUUCCCUUCAUUGAUUUUCUUGGAGUGGGAAUCUCUUCGUGAUCGACCCAUGCAUCGUUUAGCAGAAAUUAAAGUAAUAGCAGCAAGUGGUGAGGAACAUGUUUGGUGGCCAUAUUCCAUCCAUGGCUGAUCGAGUACUGAAGUAAAUUAGAUUACAGCACAGCAGGUGAUUGGUAACUAUAUUAUGUGCAGAGACAGUAGUUUUUGCUUGGUUGCUUGCUUGCAUGUAGCUGAAAUAAUUUCUUAGGACAUAUUCUGAAAUCUGAAUUUUAGUGCUCACACUUAAACAUUAUUAUUCUUAGCUUUGCAAUAGAUUACAAGUCUGAUUUAAUUAAUUAAUUUAUUUUUUUUUAUAACGUAAGAACCCGGAAUUGCAAGUACGCCGUGGAUAAAUUCUCGAUUGAUCCUAAUACCCUGCAAACUAGUAAGUUCGAUUAGGAGUUUAUCCAAAACGCACUCGUCGAAUAGAAGUUGCGGAUU